AUGAGUGACAUACGAAAUUUUUUGCAAAAGAAACGCAAGAUAGAAUUAAGUCCAUCAAGUAUAAAUGAAGGCAAUCAUGACAUAGGUAAUUUAAGUAAUUUAAGUACUAAUAGUUCUAAUAGUAGCCAACAAAAAGAAGUGCCACAACUCCAAUCAAGUAUAAAUGAAGGCAAUCAUGACAUAGGUAAUUUAAGUAAUUUAAGUACUAAUAGUUCUAAUAGUAGCCAACAAAAAGAAGUGCCACAACUCCUUCAUCAGUUGACUGUUGGUGCUAAUAAAUUAGAUAUUGGACUGUAUUUGAAUUCCUACGUUGAUGACGAAUUACGUUUAAAGUUAUUGAAGGACCCCUGGGUUCCAUCAAAAACAUAUGACUUCAAAAAAGAUUUGACCAACGGCUCUACGAGAGUAUUUCGUAUAGAAUGGUUUGCACUUUAUCCAUGGCUAAGUUACUCAGCUGUUUCUAAAGGCCCACUAUGUCGCGUUUGUGUAUUAUUUCGACCUCGAGUACAUAGAGGUGUUCAAGGAGCAUUCAUUGUUUCACCAUGCAUAAAAUAUCAAAAAUUUAACGAGGUUUCAAAGGCUCAUGAAAUUAGUAUUUGGCAUAAAGACGCAAUUAAUGCGUCACAACAUUUUUUAAACUCAAAAGAGAGAAAACAAUUGAGUGUUCAUGAGCAAAUAGAUUCGGCAUUUAAUAGAGAAAUAGAAGAAAACAGGGUGAAACUUCGUUCUAUCAUAUCGUCAAUCUUAUUUUGUGCAAAGCACGAUCUUCCACUAAGAGGUAAAAAUGACGAAGGUUCAGUUUUUACAGAUUUAUUACAAUUCCGUGUCGAAUCGGGGGAUGAAGUUUUGAAUAAGCAUUUAAAGUCUGGAGCUAAAAAUGCGUUAUAUAUCUCACAUGAAGUUCAAAAUGAACUAAUUAAAACUUGUGCUAAUGUACUUCGACAAAACAUUAUUGAAGAAGUGAAACUUUCAUCUGUUUCUCUAAUGGAUCUUCAUCCUUAUGAAAAACCUGAGUAA